UCGAAUCAGAAUGUAGUAGCGUUUUUACAAUUUUCACUAGCAUAUGUAUGGUUCAUAAAGUGUGGUAAUAUCUCAUCUAUUCAGGCGGCGAAAAUAGUGUGAACAUAUUAAGUUUUUAACGGAGUUGGCUCUAGCAAGCCAGUGAAACGACGACAGAAUGUCGGUAGCGGAAUAUGUCCAGCUAGCGCUUCUUCUGGGAUCAGGAUUUAUAUUUUUCCUGCUAGUGGUGGUUGGAAUAAUCCUUAAGGUCACAACCAUCCCGUUCCCGCACAUUGUCCUUCAUAAAGAAGAACAAUACUUCCUGGACCCAACCACCGAUGAGAAAAAGAAAUUUCCCUCCCUUGAAGACCAACCAUCCGUAGAACUGAGCGUAAUAGUUCCAGCGUUCGAUGAGGAAAAACGAAUACCUCUGAUGUUGGACGAAUGUCUCGAAUAUCUGGAAUCCAGGCGGAAAUCAGAGAAAGACUUCUCCUACGAAGUGAUAGUGGUCAGCGAUGGCAGUCGGGAUAAAACGGUCGAAGUUGCCCAGAAAUAUGCCUCCAAAUAUGGAACCGACAAGGUUCGAGUGCUGGCACUGGUGCAGAACCGUGGCAAAGGCGGUGCCGUUCGCUUGGGAAUGCUUAGCGCUCGUGGACGGUUCCUUCUGUUUGCCGAUGCCGACGGUGCAACCAAGUUUGCCGACUAUGCAAAGCUGGAACAAAGCAUGAGCAAACUCAACGGUAACGACCAUACCAAAGAUGCCAUCUCGAUCGGGUCGCGGGCUCAUCUGGAGCAGGAAGCCACUGCCCAGCGUACCCUUUUCCGAACGUUGCUGAUGCAUGGAUUCCAUUUUCUGGUGUGGACUUUUGCCGUGAAAAAGAUACGCGAUACCCAGUGUGGUUUCAAGCUGCUAACCCGGUCGUCCGCUAGGAAAGUGUUUGCCGUGAUGCACGUAGAACGGUGGGCUUUCGAUGUGGAGCUGCUGUUCAUUGCGCAAUCGUACAAUAUUCCGAUCGACGAGAUUGCCGUCCGAUGGACCGAGAUCGAGGGUUCCAAGCUGACGCCAUUUUGGUCCUGGCUGCAGAUGGGAAGGGAUUUGAUUUUCAUCUGGUUCCGAUAUGCGAUAGGAGCGUGGCAGUUGCGAAAAGAACAUGUGAACUGAUCGCAGUUGAUCUCUCCUCUCCGGUCGGGGCUUUCUCCAAUGGUACAGACAUGCAUGCAUUGAUGCUAGCUUUUUUUUUAGGUUGGAAUUGGAAGUUAUUCCAGAGUAUUUUUAAGUUCAUUGCCUUUUAAAUGAUACGAUUCGAAUAAGCGUGAGCAAAUGCAUUUCAUUUUGUUG